UCCCCGACCCUCCCCUCUCUCCCGGCGUUCUCCCGACCCUCCCCUUCCCCCGGCGUUCUCCGGCCCGCCCCUCGCCCGCCGGGCGGGUCCCCGCGCUCCUCCCCGGAGGAGGAGCGGGAGGCGGGCGGGAAGAUGGCGGCGGCCGCGGGCCCGGCGCAGCCCUGGAGCGCCGAGGAGCUGCGGAGCGAGGCGCUGGCCAAGAAGGAGAUCAUCAAAUUCCUGCAGGAGCACGCGGCGCAGGCGUUCCUGGCGGAGCACAAGCUGCUGGGGCAGGUGAAGAACGUGGCGAAGACGGCGAACAAGGAGCAGCUGAUCGCGGCUUACACGCAGCUCUUCCACACGCAGCGCUUCAAGGGCACGGAUGGUGCUGAGAAGGUGGCAGAGAAGGCCAGGCCUGCCAAGGCAGAGGAGGCCAAGGGGAAGGUGGUGAAGGCUGAGGAGGCCGUGGAGGAGGGGCCACCAAAGUACACAAAAUCCAUUUUGAAGAAGGGAGAUAAAACCAACUUCCCAAAGAAAGGAGACACUGUCCACUGCUGGUACACAGGGAAGCUGCAGGAUGGGACAGUCUUUGACACCAAUGUUCAAUCAGGUUCAAAGAAGAAAAAAGCAGCCAAGCCCUUGAGUUUCAAAGUUGGUGUAGGAAAAGUGAUCCGAGGUUGGGACGAGGCCCUGCUGACCAUGAGCAAAGGAGAGAAGGCCCAGCUGGAGAUCGAGCCCGAGUGGGCCUAUGGCAAGAAGGGGCAGCCUGAUGCCAAGAUCCCACCGAAUGCAAAACUCUUCUUUGAAGUGGAGCUGGUGGAUAUUGAGUGAAGAAUUCCCUGUGCUGCUGGGAAUCCGUUUCUGCCAGAGCUUCCUGCUGGCGCUGCUGUAACUCCCGGCUCCGGUUACAGCGGUGCCUUUGUGGGGAUGAGUGCUGAGUGUUGUCCCCGCCCUGCUGCUGUAGUGACAGCCCCACCACUAAAGCAGAGUUUGUACCUGC